AUGUUGGUCCACCUCUGGCUUCUCUGUGGUCUGAGCGCUGUUGUGACCCCUCAGGAUGUCACGCAACAAGCCCAACUGUUUCUAGAAGAGUUUAACAGGAGGGCAGAAGACAUUAGCUAUGAGAUGUCCAUUGCCUCUUGGAAUUACAACACCAACAUCACCGAGGAGACUGCCAGGAAAAUGAACGAGGCGAGUGCCAAGUGGUCCACGUUUUACGACGAGGCCUCCAGGAACGCCAGCAGCUUCCCAUUAGCCAGCAUCCAGGAUGCUCUCACCAGGCUCCAGAUCCAGGCUCUCCAGGACAGAGGAUCAUCUGUGCUGUCACCGGAAAAAUACAGCAGACUGAGCACUGUGCUAAAUACAAUGAGUACCAUCUACAGCACCGGGACCGUCUGUAAAAUCACCGAACCGUCUGAGUGUUUGGUGCUGGAGCCAGGUCUGGACACUAUUAUGGCUAACAGCACUGAUUAUAAUGAGAGACUGUGGGCCUGGGAAGGCUGGAGAGCUGGUGUAGGCAGGACAAUGAGACCAUUAUACGAAGAGUAUGUUGAGCUUAAAAACGAGGUUGCAAAGCUUAAUAAUUAUUCUGACUAUGGAGAUUACUGGAGAGCAAAUUAUGAAGCAGACUAUCCAGAAGAAUACAUAUACAGCCGUGACCAGGUGAUUGAAGAUGUGGAGAAGACAUUUGAGCAGAUAAAACCCCUGUACCAGCAGCUGCAUGCCUACGUGAGGCACCGGCUGGAGCAGGUCUAUGGUCCCGAGCUCAUCAGUGACACAGGAUGCCUCCCUGCCCAUUUGCUGGGUGAUAUGUGGGGUAGGUUUUGGACAAAUCUGUAUUCCUUGGCUGUUCCCUAUCCAGCCAAACCAAAUAUUGAUGUAACUUCUGCAAUGGUUCAAAAGAAAUGGGAUGCGGUGAAAAUAUUCAAAGCCGCUGAGGCCUUCUUCACCUCCGUCGGCCUUUAUGAAAUGACCGAGGGCUUCUGGAAUAACUCCAUGCUCACAGAGCCGACCGACGGCAGGAGUGUUGUCUGCCAUCCUACGGCAUGGGAUCUGGGGAAAAAUGACUACAGGAUCAAGAUGUGCACCAAAGUGACCAUGGACGACUUCCUGACUGCACACCAUGAGAUGGGCCACAUCGAAUACGACAUGGCGUACUCGGUGCAGCCCUACCUGCUGAGAGAUGGUGCCAAUGAGGGCUUCCAUGAGGCAGUGGGUGAAAUUAUGUCACUUUCUGCCGCCACUCCUGAGCACUUGAAAUCUCUUGACCUCCUAGAGCCAACUUUCCAAGAGGAUGAAGAAAAUGAAAUCAACUUUCUGCUCAAACAAGCGCUAACGAUUGUUGGAACAAUGCCUUUUACUUACAUGCUGGAGAAGUGGAGGCAGUCCGUGGUCUUUGCACAAGAUGUUCCAGAUCCCAGGAUCAACAUUGCUGUCCCCGUGGUGGUGUAUGCCCCAGGACAUCUUUGUAGCUUAAACACAGCCUUUCCGAGACAAAUAGUUGGCGUUGUCGAACCCGUCCCUCACGAUGAAACCUAUUGCGACCCUGCGGUGCUCUUUCAUGUGGCCAAUGAUUAUUCAUUCAUAAGGUAUUACACUCGGACCAUCUAUCAGUUCCAGUUUCAGGAGGCACUUUGCAAGGCAGCUAACCAUACUGGCCCUCUUCACACAUGUGACAUUACCAACUCUACAGCAGCUGGUGACAAUUUGAGACAAUUGCUUGAAUUAGGCAGAUCUGAGCCCUGGACUCAAGCGCUGGAAAGACUAACAGGAGAGAAAUACAUGAAUGCAGCGCCUUUGCUCCGCUACUUCGAACCUCUGUAUAACUGGCUGCAAAUAAACAAUUCUGGCAGAUACAUUGGUUGGAGAACAGACUGGGCUCCAUAUUACAACAAUGCCAUCAAAGUGCGCAUCAGCCUGAAAUCGGCACUGGGGGAUGAGGCGUAUGAAUGGGAUGAAAACGAGCUCUUUUUGUUCAAAUCAUCCAUUGCCUAUGCCAUGAGAAAAUACUUUGCAGAGGAGAAACAGCAGGAAGUUGACUUCCAGAUUACAGACGUUCAUGUUCAGGAACAGACACAAAGGAUCUCCUUCUACCUUAGUGUCAGCAUGCCAGGUAAUAACAGUGAUCUUGUGCCCAAAGCUGACCUGGAAAAUGCCAUCAGGAUGUCUCGGGGGCGAAUCAAUGAGGCUUUCAGACUGGAUGAUAAUACGCUGGAGUUUGUGGGCAUAUAUCCAACCUUGGCCACACCUUAUGAACCACCAGUCACCAUCUGGUUAAUUAUAUUUGGGGUGGUCAUUAGCCUGGUUGUCAUUGGAGUUAUUGUCUUGAUCAUCACUGGGCAGAGAGAUCGAAAAAAGAAAGCAAGACAAAGUGGGAGUGACACGGGAUCAAACUGUGAUGAGGUGAACCCUUACGCUGAAGAGGGAAAAAGCAACAUGGGGUUUGAGCCAUCUGAAGAGACACAAACAUCAUUCUAG